AUGCCUCAUUAUACUCGCGACCAAUACGUCGCCAUCAUUAACGAUUUCUACACGUUUCUGACGAAAAUGUAUAUCGCAGACUCGGCGUUGAAGCACCCGCCUGAAGGGGGUUGGCCUAACAUCACGCCUGAGAAUUGCAGCGGGUUUGGGAAGAAUGAGUUCGUGGUGGACCUUCUAAAGCACCUUCCGUAUAUUCAAGGAGGACAAGACAACGACGUCGACAUCUAUUAUAAAUGUAACGUACUCGACUACUCUACCGUAACGCCUGAGCAGUUUAGCGGCACUUGGAUCAAGAUCGGAGAGAUAGCUGCUUCCACCGACGAGCCAAUACCGGCACAUACGGUGGUAAUCGCCGAGGGCCACGAGAGCGGCGGGGUGGACUUAUUACUUGACACGGAGAAGGGUACUAUCAUCGAGGAGAUAAUCCGGCAUCGUCGGGGUGGCGAGUGGGACGUGAUGGAGUACUUUGGCAAUCUCAAGCGGAAAUACGAGGGGUUACAGACGUUCCACAUUCCCGGAACCGAGACUAUCCAGGAGGUGCCGGAUAUCUUUAACGAGGACGAAACGGCGACUCCAGAAAAAGGCCCGGUGCGUGAGGACGGAUUCUUCUUCCCGACGGAGAGGGAUAAUCGCUGGAUCCGCCACAUCUACCGGAGCCAUGGGUGGCCGGGUCCCGAGUACCGCCGUGACGAGUGUAUGGAGGCUAUUAUUAGGUAUAAGGCGAUGAGGGAGGGAAGUUUGAUCCCCUCGGCUGGGUUACUAUGACGAUGCAUACUACAUACCUAUGUAUUUGUCUGUCUCUAAUUAGAGAUGAAAAUUAAUGUCACGUCCAUAACUAAGCUUUAAAUUAGCUGCGUCUGCCCCACAUCGAUCACAAGCUUGAGAAUGUUAUAUUAUGGGACUUGAGAAGCCAUCGUUCAGCCUCUAAACUUUGUUUACUUAGCUUGUUGCUUAUCUUUUUAAGUGAGAUAGAUGGAAUAAUAUUAAGUUCGGCCAUGAGGUAGCUAUCGAUGGUUAGGUAGGUAGUUACAAUAACUAAUACAUUUACAUGUACGGACAUCACUUCAUAGGUACCCUUUGGUUGGUG